AUGCAUUUUGGAGCUCGUUCGUGCAAAGCGUGUGCGGCGUUCUUCCGUCGAACAGUAGCAUUUAAUGUUGUUUAUGAGUGCGAAGCACCAGCACCUUGCGGAGUUCACUAUGAAAAGCGCAUGAUUUGCAAGAAAUGUCGUUAUGAUAAAUGUAUUGCAGCCAAUAUGAAUCGGGAAUUGGUGAGAUCCACAAGAGGCGCUGACAGGAGUGCACCUGCUGCAAAUGAAACUUCAUCAAAAGUCCCGGACAUUGCAUUCGUCGCUACUAGCAAGGACACAACUGCAAGGGACUCGCUACUACUCACUGGAUAUUCCGAAGUACUGGGUAUUCCGGUAGCACCAAAUCAAGGCAGGGAAAGCCGCCGAUGGGUCAUUUACCACUGUAAACGAAUGGAAGCUACUUUAAAUAACCGGCGAAGGAUAAUGUACACUAAUGAGAAAAUGAUCAGUGUUUUUACGAAAAUGCACGAAUGUCCUUACGAGAAACGACAUUUGAAGCCUUUGAACUACAGAGAAUAUGUUGGCAACACCAGGUCAGACUUUAUCAUGUUGUACGAUUUCACCAUCGCUUUCCUGCAAUUUGCUGAGCUAGAAGCAUUUGAAAAGAAUUUUUUCUAUCGAAGUGUUUGUGGUGUUGAUUCACUAUUGAACUUAGCAUAUUUUACUUGCUGUCUUUCCUACGAAGACAACUGGAUGGUGGUAAACUCUUGUGAGUACAUCUGUAUUGACCCCAUGCCAAUGACCGGUGACGAACCAUGGGCGCAAGAUCUGUUCGCCACCAAGAAGGACAAAGCUAAGUAUAAAUCAAUCGUUCCACGACUAGCAGCGUAUUGGCAUACUUUAGUAGUGCCAUUUCAUCGGCUGAAUCUUCAGUUUGAUGAGUUUUGCCUCUUAAAGGUGCCUGCAGAAGAAGCUGACGGUAGUGAGGAGCAGGCAAAUCCUGGGCUAGCCGAGGUCAUUGAGCCACGCUCUCUCUCCAUCACAUCACUGAGGCUAUCUGGCGCCGAUAGACCCGUCGCAUCCCCUUCUAUAGGUUAUCAUAAAUUUGGUGAGAAUGGACGUCGAAUAUGUGUCAAACAACGUAAUUUGCUUAUAAAUUGCCUCAAUGACCUCGUUGUUGAAAGAACGAACUGUCCAGAAGUACGCAUCGGAGACUUGAUCUUAUUCAUAUCCUGUGUGUUUCAACGAAUGUUGGAGCUUGUCAAUUCAUUGGUUAUGAUCACCUUCUUCGAUAUCUUCGAAUAUGACGACGUUUUAAGAGAGUUCUUCACAUUCGAUAGCUCCUGA